AUGACAAUUCCUUUAAAACAGAAUUCUUUUAUAAUUAUUGAUCACAUUAAUAUGAAUUUCAACAAAAAUAUAACAAAUAUUUCAUAUACACUUCAAAAUGAUGGCAUCCAUUCAACUUUAAUAAACCUCACUAUUGAAACUUUCUACGAAGUUGUUAAAUCAAGGAUCACAGGCAGCAUCAAUUUCCCGGAAAAUGACAGGGAUCGAGAAUAUAAGCGACAAUAUUUCAAAACUUCAUUGGAUACCGCAAGAUUAUUGAAAGGAGCUUUUGGAAAUUCCAUAACAAAAGCAUUGGCACAAAAAAUAUUAGAAACAAAAAAUCUGACAAUUCCUUUAAAAAAGGGUUUUUAUUAUUUUUAUGACUUUUCGAUUCCCGACAUUUUCUUGCCAUUCGGUUCACCAUCAAGAGCUCUCAUCAAGUGCGUUUAUGACGGAAAGAUCAAAAGAGAAAAGAAAACGGUGCUUGGAAGUUCGUGGGAAUUUUUUAUCCAUAGAAUUUAA